CGCCGCUUACUCAGCUCACACGAAGAGCGACGCGCGCUCGCCACUCGCUCGCUGUCAUUCGAGCGAUUGGAGUGCGAGUUGUCGUCCCUGCGUAUUUUAUUGGAUUUAUGUAUACAUUUUUAUGUUUUGCGUUUGCUUCAGUCUGCUCGCCGUUGCGUUUUGCUAAUUGCUCAGCCCCUGGUAACGCUACAACAGUCUUUGUUCACUCGUGGUUGCUCCGGAACACUUCGCUGCUUCAUUGAAGUUUCUCGUCCUUUUCUUCUUCAUCCUCUUCUUCCCACUCUUCUCCAGAGGUGCGCUAUGUAGCCCACAGAAGAUACAGCCGGAGGUCACCUCCGUUGAAAGGAUAACGAACACAUCUGCUCCGUUAAUCACUUGUUCUUCGGGCUUGCAACUGUUUAUUUGCGGAUACGGCAUCGCUCACUGUGGAAGCACUUUACCUUUGGAUUAAUAAACUGUCAGUUAAGGAGAUUUGGGGUGCGUGGGCGUGGGUGGGGGGUGGGUGGGAUGGCGGUUGGCGAGGUGGGUGCUGCGGCGUGACCACCCCCCGAUGCACUCCUUAUUCUAUCGAAAGAAGACAUCGGUGGUUGUGGGUCUCAAGGUGCACCCCGGGACCCUGCCUCAGGAUCCCAGGAUGUUCAGCUGCGUGAGCUGCUUCUGGGUGCUUCUGUCAUCUGCUCUGGUGGCGAUCUGCAGCUUCAGUUUCAUCUCUCCUGCCUGGAUCGUUAAGGAGCGCCUGCGAAACGAAGAGGCGGUGAGCUUUGGACUACUGUGGCGCUGCUCUGAGUCGUCCGACCACAGAUACGGAUGUUACACCUUUGCGGGGAUGGGCAGGUUCGCGGAGAUCCCCUCCAGCUCAUGGCAGACAAGUGCUGUUCUUUGCUCAGGAGGCUGUGUCCUGCUUGCAAUCAGCUCCCUUUUGGCGAUCAUCACGGUUUUCCUUCCCAGUGGCCCUUGUGAGAAAAGGAUGUGCACUCUGGCUGGAUAUAUGCAGAUGGCAGCAGUUUUCAUCAUGGCAACUGGACUGCUGAUUUUCCCUUUUGGGCUUAACUCCACCUUUGUGAAGUCAUUUUGUGGGAACUCCAGUAUCUACUAUGCCGGCGACUGUCAGAUCGGCUGGGGUUACAUGCUUGCAAUUGUUGGAGUCAUGCUAACCCUUUUUCUGCCAUUCUUUGCAAAAUAUGCACCUAAAGAAAAUCUAUCUCCGACACCACUCCCAACAAUCUUAUAGCAGAAUAUUUAAUGAAUAAUGCAGAUAUGGACUUGAGAUUUCUCCAUUUGCAGGAUAUUGCCUAACAUAUCUGGACUGAGGCUUUCUAAAAAUUACCGAGUGUCUUCCUUCCAGUCAGAACCCACAGUAAAUGCUUGGAAUAAUCAUAUUUCAAUCUAUAUUUUAAAAAGCUUCAAUUUUAGUUUGCUUUUUGAUGAGGUUUGAAGUUAAUCUGCCGGGUGACUACAGUGAUAAAUAGCGUGUGAUUCACAGAACCUGAACAUUAAGUCUGCACCACUCACAGAACCAAGAAAAAAAUGUUCACUUAAGUCUGGAAAAUGUCAAGUGUCUGCAGUGGCUACUAAAUUUGCUCAGAAAAAGUUAAGUGAACACAAAGCAUCUAGUUUUACGGUAAUUGCAUGUUGAAUGAGUGAACUGAUGAACUAGAAACAUGAUACUAAGAUUAUGUUUUGUCUAUAUAGCAUUUCAACUCUUAGGGAAAAAGAGCUUGAAAUGUAUCCUAACAAUCUACUUCUUACUGCAUUUUAUGGCUAUAUUAUUUUGUAAAUACAAUAUACUGUAAAUGCACUGACACUACUCACAUGGAUUUAUACAGUAAACAUAAAUAUGUGCAUUGUUUACAAGUUUAAAAAUGUGCCGAUGUAUUUAAAAACACACAAAAAACAUUCCAAAUUCAGAUAGGAAAUUAACUUAUCAGGGAGCCAUUAAUUAUACAGCUUACUGUAAAUAUAUUACUUUAUACAGAGAUUUUUUUGUUAACAAGCUUACAAUUAAAUGAAGAAAGCCUAGAAAAGUUCACCAGUAGCCUGGAAUUAAACUUUGAUUGCAUAGAGAUAAAAGGUUCUUUUUUUUUCUUAAUCAACAGAAAGUGCCCUGAUUAUUUAGGACAAGACAACUUCACAUCAAUUCAUGUUUUGGAACUGUAAUGUGAAAUUAUGAACAAUAUACAUUUUAGAGGAUAAGUAUGGAAAUUAUAUAUUAAAAUUAUUUGAAUACAUCAAGAGGCAAAGACUUGAUUUUAAAUAUUCAAAACUGCACUGAUCAGCUACAAGAGAAAAGGCUUCUUGAAAGUAAGGACGUAUCUAACUUGCAGUGAGAACUGAUGAAUCAAUCUAACAGAGAAACAGAAAGGAAAUGCUUACUUACCUUCAUAACAUUUCUUUCUUGACCUACAGCCACAAAUAAAAUGAGAGAUGUGACAGUUCAUAAGGAGAAAUCCCUUAAAUGAUGGCAGAUUGCAGCUAUCAGAUAAAUUAAUUGAUAGGUUACAAAUGCAAAUACAUUUUCUUUAUUUCCAUUAAUUGGAAAUCUCAUUUAAAAUUAAACAAAUAGUUUUAAUUGAAAAGAUUAAAAGUGUGUUUUCCUAAAACAUGCAACCAGUAUUUCAAACUGUUGGCUAAAAGACUGAGUGUGGAAGCAGGGCUUAAAUGUUUAACAUGGCAGAAAAGCCUUUUGGCUGAAGAAAAUACCCUGACAAAUGGCCAGAAUUACUGAACUCCCAGCACUCCACGUCCAGUGGGCUGCUGAUGCAGAGAAGGCGAAGGGACUGGAGGCAGAUUGUGGAUGAUUUAAAGGAAAAUCAAGUUUAUUAUAACUCGUUAAUUCACUUGAUUGAAGUUUGGUCCUCUUCUAUAAGGAAUUCCAAUAUACUGCAGUUGUUACUUUAAAAUUUGAUUAAAAAAUGAUAUUAAAUGCUGCAUUCUUACACCUGUUAUUUCUCAAAACCGCCUUCAUAAAAGUAUAUGCAUCAUUUUAUUUUAAGACUAUAUAAAGUGUUCUUUACCAGUAACAGAGUUUUUUAAUAUAUUCAUUUUGGGAGUUACCUACUAAGACACGCAAGUUUGAUAUACUAAACAAACCAAUGUGUGCCUUUGCAAAAACAAAAACAUAGUAACAACCAGGUUUUAAACCAUAAUGUAAAUGCUAAAUAUGUAUAUGUUUUGUAUUUUUUUCUGAUAUCUCCAGUUACCUUGUAAUAAGUUGAGUAAUUGAUUAUGUGAUGUCAUGUGAUGCAGCCUGUUAACUGUAGAAAUGUCUUUUUUAAUUCUGUGUAGAUACCAGAACAUUGUAUUAUUCAACAGAAAUGCAAUUUGCCAUCUACCCUUCCAUCUCUUAUAAAAAUAACGUGCAGCCCACUCAAGUUGCAAAGUAUUUUUAAGUGCAUUCGAAUGUCCUUUCUUCAAACUGUGUUUUUGGUGAGUAAUACUCACUUGGUAAUGUAACUUCAAUUUCAUCUCUAAACAGAUUUGCGUUUCUUAUUGACUUUAAACGUACUCAGCAGGUUUAGAAUUAGUGUUUGCUUUUUCCCUGCCGUGAUUGCUCACCUGGUUAAUUAAGAGUGCGACUUUUCUCAUUCUACUUAUUAUGAUGUAUUGUAGUUUUUACAAUGAGAAACUGUAAACCUAAAAACACUACACUGUUACAUAAGCCUUCUUUAAAAAAUAAAUAAAAGAAGACCUGGUAGAAACUAACUGUACUCAAUUGGACAUAUGUUAUAAUUAUUUCUAUAUUUCUACUUUAUCAGCCAGGAUCAAAAUAAUAAGAUCUUAUAUACAUGUAACAUGUUUAGUCUUUGGAUGUUCAUUUUUUUUUUACUUCUAUGUUGUAAAUUACAUGUAUGGUCUUACUGGUAAUUCACUCUGUUUUAUAAAUUGUUGUAUAUGCCUGCCUUGUAGGUUUGGUGUAAAAAGAAAAAUUAUGCAGGCAGUUUUUUUCUCAUUCAGGUUGUCUCUGUUGUUGCAAUGUAAUCUUUUUAUAUUUUUUAAACAAUUUUUCCUAGUCAAAAUGUGAUGAGUUUAAAUGUAUUCUUUAGUGUGUUAAAUGUUUUGUGCAUUUAAAAGUGAUAUGACAAUAAAAAUGUUCCAUGGACA